CUCCGCUUCUGAACAUAGUCUGAGUCAUACAUUUUCAAAAGACGUCAGGAUAUUUUUUAUACAGGCGUCCACGGGGCAAUAGCACGGAGCAAUAGCAGACAUACAUCUUCUGAUGACCUACAGUGGAAAAAGCAAUACAAACUAGCCUCAUCGUAGAACAUAGAUACUAGUUUUGUCGUGACGCACACAGGUCAUGGGCUGUUGGAGAAUAUGGACAGUCAAUGUGUUAUUCCUGUUCGUUCUUACUUUGUGCAGAUGCGACGAGGAUCAAACACCAGAUCCGUGCCUUUAUCUCCAGACGCCUGAGCCAUUCCAGGAUACUGUCCUGUACCCCACAAGUGACCAGGUGGCCCCCAGUAAACUAACUUCGAUGAAGGAGAGAACGCGAGUGUGUUUGCCCGAACCAUGCAGCAAACUGGAAGCAUAUUCUGGCUUCAUUGCCGUUGAUGAAGAAAGCGACAGUUCAUAUCUGUUCUUCUUGCACAUCCUUGCUGAGCACAAGCCUGAAGACAAACCUCUGCUCCUAUGGAUUCAAGGUGGUCCAUGGAAAUCUGUGUUAUUCAGCCAGUUCCUCGAAAAUGGCCCGCUUGGGAUUGACGCCGAUGGGAAUUUCUUCUAUAGAGAACAUUCCUUGAUAAAAUUUUUCAAUGUCCUUUACCUUGACGCACCUGUGGGCUCCGGAUACAGCUUCGACGAAAAUGAAAACUACCCUACCACGAUUGAAGAAGUAACUGACCAUAUCGCGCGAUUUAUUAAGCGCUUUCUCCGAGUAUUCCCCGAAUACCGCUACAGAGACAUUUACAUCGCAGGAGAAUCAUACGCAGGUAAUAUUCCCAACAGGAUAUAGCGUAUGGAUCUGAAGUCAUUACAAUUUACUGAAUUCCGUUAGCAUGCUCCUAAAGUUGGUGUAAACCUGACUACGCCGACAACAGAAAAUAUUAUUUGAAUAUCCGAGGCAGCUUCUGCGUACUGACCUUUUCAGUUAAUUUUAAGUCUCAACGACUACACUUGCAUGACCUAUAUGCUUUAACAGUUGAACACGCAGCGGCGGCAAUGCUUAAGCGGCAGAAGUGAUGAAGCAAGACAUGAGAAGUGCGAAAGGGCAGGCUAGUUGAGAGUCCGCAAGUGUGUUCACUGUGCUUAUAUUUAUUGCAGUAGCAAAUAUAUGGGCAUAC